AUGGAGGAAACGCAGCCGUUACUAAUAGCGUCAUUGCCUGAGGCACCAAGAAAGCCGAAGUCAAAGGUACAGAAAAUGGCCAGUGUCCGACCAUCGCCAGUCGCUGGCUCACCUGCUUCCUCGUCUUCGUCUGCGCCGUCUCCUGCUUCCUCCUUUCCUUCACCGACUCCUUCAGAGACCCACGCGGCAAGGUACGGCUUGGCGACGCGGAGUGGUUUAUCUGUGAUGGAAGGAUCUAUUACUCUAACGGAUGAGGAGAGAGAAAAAUAUAAGCUCAGGUUUCUUGAUUUCGUGCAUGCAUUCAUGUCGAUGCUGGUCUUCUUCGCAAUCUCCAUGAUUGAUCAGAACGUGAUCCGUUGUUUAUUCCCUGUUCCUUCUGAAGACAUCAAGGAGCUUCUCACCAGUUUGCCUAUCAUCAUCGGCGUUAUUUGCGGCGGCUUCUUCCUCGUGUUCCCCACUCGCCGUCACGGCAUUGGAUCUCCACUCACCAAAGAAUAAGUCCAUUAAAAAGGGACA